AUGUCUCACACCGGCGGUAACCUCUCCGACAUGGCCGUCAAAGGCACCAAGAUCCCCAACGAUGCCGGCGUCCAGAACACCAUCCCUUCGGUCCCUGCUCCGGACCAGAUCCACGACGCCGCCCCCACCAACAACCCCGUCGGCAGCCGGCCCGACCAGGCCUCGGCUAGCGGCGCCUUCGACGCCGCCCGCAGCACCACCGACAGCGGCAUGACCGGUGAGGUGACAACGGGCACGGGCGACGCGCUGCCGGCCAGCAUCGAGUCCAAGCGCUUGGACUUUGACGCAUCGCAGCACGCCCCCGCCGGCCACGGCAAAUCCAGGGACACCAAGCAGACCCAGCACAAAGAGGACUUCAGCCGGUUAGCCGCGCCCGGUGAGGGCGCCAACGAUGCCCCUGGCGACACCAGGUAA